AUGCCUUCGUUCCAGACAUUUUCGCUCGAGGCUCGGCUCUUCAACCCUACUCUCUACCACAGCCUCCUGAAGUUAUGGUUUGAUGGCUUGUCAGAGGGAGCGACUGGCCCGAGCGAGCAGCUUGCAAUGCGCUGGUUUGGCGUGGGAGCCACAGAAAGUGACAAGGCUUCAUUCGACAAAGAAUGCCAUUCGAGAUUCAACGAAGCACUAAGUUCAAUUUCGCCAGCGAAAUUUGUGUUGCCAGAAUUCAAAGACGCUGACGCAGAUCGAAGCAACUACCCAGAAAUUGCAGCACCGUUCAUAGGACAACUCUAUCAGAACAAGGUUAAAGAUCCUGAAUCAGCUCUUGGCCUGACGCUGCUCCUUGAUCAAAUCCCACGCAACAUAUUCCGUAGCGACCAAGCACUGAUAUAUGGACAUUAUGAUCGGAUCGCGCGUGCUCUGUUCUACGCAAUCCACAAACAGCAGCUAGACAAACACGAGCGAUAUGCCAUGUCCGCUUUGCAACGAACAUGGUUCUACAUGCCACUGAUGCACUCAGAAUCGCUCGCCGAUCACCAGCUUCUUAGCCAGGAGAUGGGCGACUUAAAGUCAGGAUUGGAAGCCAAAGGAGACGAGAAGGCUGCUCAAUACGUAGGACAGACGUUGAGCUUCGAGAAGAGGCACGCCGAUAUACUAGAUAAGUUUGGCAGGUAUCCCCACAGGAAUAAGUGGCUCGGGAGGGAGAUGACGGACGAGGAGCGCAACUGGUUGGAUCAGGGUGGUGAUACGUUUAGUGCUUGA